AUGAUUAUUCAAAAUGGCUGUAAGGGUCAAUACAAGCGGAAAAUCCUUAAUGGUAUUACAAAAUCUGUAAAGCAAUAUAAACCGCUGCUUAUAUGGGGUCUCGUCUGCACGGUAUGUAUUUAUACCUGGAUCCAUCGCAUAAAUAAAAAUAUUAGGCAUUCUUAUAACCCUGAUCCCCCUAUACAACAUUUAUUUACACGUUUUGAUAGUUCCCCAGGUAGGCGCCAGGACAACUUAAAAUGCAGUGAUGUGCGUUUUGUUGAACCGCAAAAUCAAUGUCUUUUUGCAAAACAAUACUGUUGGGAAGAAACAAGUGGGUAUAUCAAUUAUCCAGAACUCUAUUACUGUUCCUUUCAUCAAUUCCCUGGACUUGGUUUGACGAUGGUUGUUACUUGGCUAGGAUUUUUAUUCACCAGCAUUGGUGUAUCCGCCAGUGAUUUUUUUACCAUAAACCUCGUCACUAUAUCCUCCCUUUUACAAUUGUCCGAUGCUGUUGUCGGUGUUACUUUUUUGGCUCUUGGAAACGGCUCACCUGAUGUGUUAAGCACCUUUGCUGCCGUCCGCGUCCAAAGUGGUAGUCUUGCGUUAGGCGAACUUCUUGGUUCUGCCUUCUUUAUUGUCGCGAUUGUUGCUGGAAGCAUCUGUCUUAUCUGCCCUUUUCAAAUAUGUAAGCACCAUUUCAUUAGAGAUGUAAGCUUUUUCGCCGGCACCGUUAUUUUUUUAAUUUUCUUCUUGAUGCGUGAUGGCAGUUUAUGCUUGUGGCAGAGUUUUGUCAUGAUAAGCUAUUAUUUAUUUUACGUCUUAUAUGUGUUCUUUUCAAGCAAGUCUGAAGAGCACUACACUACUGCUGAUGCUCCCCACUUGGCUGUACCUGCCUGUUCUCCUGUUAUCAGUCAUUGUCCGACCUUCCAUUCGUACAAUGAUGAUUUACUCACCGUCGCUUCACACUUACAAGCGUCAACGAAAAAACCAUCGGAUCCAAGUUUUAUCCCCUCUCCUUCUCUAAUAGAAAGUACCGGCUUUCGGAAAUCAUCCAUAUCCAGUGAUGAUAACGCUUCUUACUUCUCAAAACCUAGUGCUUCAUUGGAACCCUUAUGCUCACCGUCGCCUGGUCCUACAAUUCGUCCAUCUUUCAUUGGUGCUCUUGAAUUGCAUUCUGCAUUAGAAAAUUAUCAGUCAAAUCACGCUAUGGAAACGAGCGCCAUGGUUGAUGAUAAUUUUUCUUUGGGUCACUUGCAUAUUCAUCAAGCUUUAGACAAAUACAUUCCUUCUGGACUGAAUACCCCUGUAAGUACUACCGAGUUUAGGCCUCAUCAUAUAUUCAACCGUAACUUGAGCGCCCAAUCAUUCUUAUCGGAAAAUACUGGUUUGUUAAAUUAUCUUGAGGACACAGACUCAUUAGUAGCUCAUUCAUCCCUUCUUCAGCUGCUUUUCCCAACUUUACGUAAUUUUUCCAAAAAGGCUUGGUAUGAACAAGCACUGGAUAUUAUUAUUGCCCCAUCUGUUUUUAUAUUUACUUUAACUUUGCCUGUAUACCAAUGUCCUCAGCAACCGGUAGAUCCUUCAUUCCCUACAGAAGGAUGUACCCAAGCAACGAUGAAAUGGUGCAGACCUCUUCGGGUCCUCCAGUGUGUCUUUGUUCCUCUAACAUUUUGCCUCUUAACAUUCAAUAACACCCGGUUAUAUUAUGCCUUAAUAUGUAGUGGCAUUGCAUCAUUGAUAGCCAUUUUAAUGCUGUACAAGUUUACUAAAGUUGAAGAAGCUCCUCGUUUUUUACCUUGGGUCAGCUUUUUUGGCUUUAUCCUGGGCAUUGUUUGGAUUUCGACGAUAGCCAACGAAAUUGUAGGUAUAUUGAAAACUUUGGGUAUCGUAUUAAAAUUAAAUGAGUCUGCCCUGGGGAUGACUGUUUUUGCAGCGGGAAAUAGUCUUAGUGAUUUUAUUGCUGAUAUAAUGGUUUCUCGUUCUGGUUUUCCAGAAAUGGCUAUUGGGGGAGUUUUUGGCGGACCGACUCUGAAUAUACUUAUAGGUCUUGGCUUUGCUUGUAUGUAUAAUAGUAUAUCGAAUCAUGGUAUUGCAAGUCAAAUAGAAAUUCCCAAUUCUCUUUCAAUUACUGCCUAUUUCUUGCUUGCUUGUCUGGUUUUACUCCUGUGCUAUGUUCCACUCAACAAUUACAAAUUGGAUCGCAAAUUAGGUGCGCUACUGUUUAUGUUAUAUAUCAUAGGUACCUCAAUUAGUAUGGUGUUGGAGUUGCUUCGGGAUGUGGAAAAUGUUAAGAAGGCCAAACGCUGA